AUGCAGAAUCCCGCUACAUACACCGUGAUUCACGUCUUCCAAUAUUUGCAUAACGAGAGCGACUAUAAUCGCCAACUUGAAUUUGCGUGGUCUAACUAACCAAGCCCCUGCUAACGUUUCCGUGUUGCCGCUAGAUGUUACUUUCUUCUAAUGCCAUAUUUAUCGUUCUGGCGUCGCUGUGUCAGCAACGCAUGCUGCACGAACCGAAGCAUGUCGUUAGAUAGUCAUGCCGCCGUACUCACGGACGCUGAACAUCAGCGUCCAUCCACCUCCGAUGAACGAGACGAAAGAUCAGAACCAGGGGGCUGGACCAUUCCAUUGGCACUGGCUGGAGUUACCUGUUGCCUAGGAUCGGCGCUUCCAGCAGGAUUUAAUAUAGGAGUAGUAAACAAUGCAGCCAAUUUAAUAGAACAAUUUUGCAAUGAAAGUAUUAAAGAAAGAUACGACGUGGACGUUUCCGAAAGUAGUCUGAAAAUAAUUUGGUCUACUGUUGUUUCGAUUUUUCUUAUCGGCGGUGUAACUGGUUCUUUUAUUGCUAGUUGGUUAGUAGACAAAUAUGGAAGGAAAAAAACUUUAUGCGUUGGAAAUAUAUUUGGUAUUCUAGGAGCUUUAAUGUUCAUUUUGAUACGUAGAUUAAAUUCAAUUGAACUCCUCCUGGCUGGCCGAUUAGUUGUGGGUCUUUCUGGAGGUUGUGCUACAUGCAUAGUACCAAUGUAUAUGGCAGAAAUAGCUCCUCUUAGAUUAAGAGGUGCUGUGGGAGUUUUAUGUCAAUUAGGAGUCACGUGUGGAGUAUUUCUCGGACAAAUCGCUGGACUAAAUACAGUUCUGGGUACUGUCAAUUCUUGGCAUUAUAUGUUAGCGGCGUUUGUUCCGCUUUGUGUAUGUGCUUUAGUACUCACGAUCACAAUUUUACCUGAGAGUCCAAAAUAUUUGUUCAUAAUUAAAGAAGAGAAACAAAUGGCCCUAGAUGAACUGAGUAGGCUACGUAAUAUGGAUAUAAUGCUUCUACACAUGGAAAUUGCCAAUUUACAACAAGAAAUAGAAGCAAAAGGAACAGCCGAACCUUGGACACUGAAACGCAUAUUGAAAGAUCCAAGUUUAAAGCUUCCAUUAUUUCUAAUUUGUUUAAUACAAUUUGGCCAACAAAUGAGUGGUAUAAAUGUUGUGUUCUACUACUCGAACUCUAUAUUUCUGAAUGCUGGGCUUGGUGACACUGGGGCAGAACUUGCUACUCUUGGAACUGGUGUGGUUAAUAUUAUAAUGGCUCUUGUAUCGGUACCAGUGAUGUCAUCCUUGAACAGGAGAGGCGUUCUGCUCACCAGUAUUUACUCGUGUUUCGGAUGUUUAAUAAUUCUAUGUAUAUCUAUUCUACUAAUUCAUGCAGCUUCGUCUAUGCCAGUCAUAUGCACUGUAACUAUAAUGGCUUAUGUCAUUUUUUAUGGUAUUGGUCUUGGUCCCAUACCGUAUUUCAUUGGAUCUGAAUUAUUCGACGUUGGUCCUAGACCAAUAGCCAUGGCACUCGGAAGUGUUUUCAAUUGGGGUGGAAAUUUCAUAGUAGGGAUGACGUUCCCAUCGGCUGAGACUCUUAUAGGCCCAUACACUUUCUUAAUAUUUGCUGGAUUUCUUAUAAUUUUGGGACAAACUGUUAGGAUAUAUUUACCCGAAACGAGAGGAAGGAGUACAAUGGACAUUGCAGCAUCCAUAAGUCAAGGUUUUCGAUCUAGACCAAAUUCCAGAACUGUUUCUUAAAUUAAAGAAACUGGAACACGAAGAACUUUUCUAUCACACCUUUCUGUGCGUAGAUAAGUAUGUACAUAGAAAACUUUUCAAUGAUGGACUUUAUAAGAUCAUUUCGUUUGUUAAACAUGCGAAUUUAUAAACUUCAAAGACAUAAUUUAUUCACAUGAUUAAUUCAAGUCCGCCUGUAAAUGUUUGCUUUAACGUUAAUUUAUUUAAAUACCAGAAAACAAAUGAUACGUUGGAAGGUAGACAUUUGUUUUAAGUAUUUUUAAUGACUUCGAACGCAUUAAGGUACCGUCGUAAAUUUGAGAUCCUAUGGACCUCGUUAUUUAAAUGACGGAUGAAUUAUUAAAUUAUGAAACACAUCGCUGUCUAUCUAAAAAAUUAAAAUUGAAAUUUACUCUAUUUCACUUUACGAUACAUGGAAUAUUAUUAACAAUCAUAACAUUUUUACUCCCGUAUAUCUCUGGGACAACUAUAAACAUAUACAAUUAGUCUAUCUUUGGUUGUGUUAAUUUUUUAAUCUACUGUAUAAUUGAUCUAGCUUUUCAUAAAAUACCAAACAUAGCACAGUGUGUGGCGCUAUUCUCAUCCACGUCGGAACGAGCCCUUUAUAUAAACCGGUCACUCCUUCCGUUCGAAAUAUUUUUAAGAAUGCGUCCACAAGACCGCCGUACAAUGCACCUUUACCGCCUACUUCGGUUCCUACACGUACAAUACAUACGAGACUUAUCGAAUUUCGUUUUUAUCGCUAUUAUCAAAGUAAUCUGAUAUUAUUAAACGAAGAAUGACUUACGUUGAUUGUAUAGUCUUGUCGCUAAAACAUCGAAUGGCUGUAUCGUAAGCGCCACGCAACUACCACCGAUUGCAGAGGCCACGAAUGUCAAUAAUAUCGGCUGGUCUGUUAGUAUCUAGGAAAAAUAACAAUCUUUCCAAUAUGCCUUAUACUCUGAGCAAUGCACGAGAUACUCACGUCUAGCGAACGUAGCCAAUCUGCAGCUAAGCCGAAUGUAGUUAAUUGUGUAGCAGAGCCUACGAAAAGGCGUGGUACGCCAGCAUACCAACCACGAUACAAAGCAGCAAUUCCACCUUCUUUCCAUAAAGACUUAAUAGUGCACCAUGUGCCCAUAUGAUUAUGCUGAUGACCUACAGCUAUGGACUGUGCUGAUUGUGAUUGUAACUGUGUUUUAAUCUGUUACAAUGCAAAAAUAGUCUAUGACAUCAAAUUACCCUACAAUCGAUGGAGGUGUUCUUAGCAAAAUACCUUAUUGCAUUAAAAUAUCAAUAUACUGUAAGUUAACAAUAGCUUGAUUCUUUGGAUAUAUAAAAUGAUUACAAAAUAUAAUUAUGUACAAAGUAAUACGAAGAAGAAGUAAAGAUAAUUGGUUACCAUGUAAAAUGGACUACCGAGGACUGCUCCCAUACAUCCAGACAAUCCAGUUACUAUUACAGUGCUGAAUAUAGCAGUGUCUCCUUUCUGAUUAGUUAUAAGCUCAUGAUUUUUUGCUGUAUUAUACACACCUAACCGUAUUCCAUUAAGCACCACUUGAAAAUAAAGGGCUGGCACGA